UCGACUAUUUUGGAUCUUAUCGUAUUUAAUGCCUUAUAAAAUUGAUUACAAAAUAAAUCGAUAAACUAUACCGGGCAAAAAAACCUCGAGGCUAUGGACAUUUUUGUUUAGAAAAACUGCAAAGUGCUUUUUUUGUGAAAGGCGAUAUAAAAUGUUAACUUUAUUAAAUAGAAGACUGGGAUUUCGCAUAAGAUACAACUUAGUUAGGAACUACGUCUUACCGGCGAGUACUGACAAUACUGUUGACCCAAAGGUUAUGUACGAAUUAAAGAAAUAUUUAAGGAAUCAACGGCUGCUUUUUAAAGAUGGACCAACAUGUCUACUUAUGGAAUGUCAUUUAUGUAACAACAUAUCUGGAAGUGAAGCAUUUGUAAAUAAACGAACUGGUCUCUUCCUGUGUCCAAACUGUGAUCUCAAGAAAAAUGUGGUAGACAUUCUUCAUUUAUACGAGAAAAAUUGCAGAGGUGAUGCGAAGUGCAGAGAUGUGGAAUAUAAAAGUAAAUUUAGGGACUUACAAUCAGUUUCACAAAGUGUUUGUGACAAGCUUGGAAUGAGAGGACUGCAGUCUGCAGACUUGGAACACUUGGGAGCACAAUAUGAACUUAAUUCAAAUUGUUUACGUUUCCCUUUAAAAAAUGUGGCAAAUAAAGUAGUUGGUGAAAAAAUUCUUCACUUGUCCGAUAGGAGAGACGAAACAAUAGGAAAUUAUAACCAAUCUGGUUUGCUAUUGUCUAAUGCUCCACAAAAAUCUUCGCGAGUGGUUUUAGUAUCUAAUCUUAUGGACUUCAUCGUUUUAUCGAUCCAGCGUUUGAGUAACACAUCAAUUGCAUGUUUGCCCUAUGGCCUGAAAUCUCUUCCUCAGGAAUGCCUUCCAUGCUUUGAAAAAUUUAAAGAAAUAGUUUUUUGGUUUAAUUUCGAAACAACGGAUUGGGAUGCCGCAAAGAAUUUUGCUAAGAAACUGGAAGAAAACCGUUGUUUUUUUAUUCGACCUACUACCACGGAACCUGCUCCAUUUGAAGCUCAUAAAAAACGAUUUAAUUUACAGCAUAUUCUGAACAAAGCCACACCAAUGUGCCACAAAUCUAUAACUACGUUUAGCGCCCUCAAAAAUGAUAUCCUCAGUGAGCUGCAAAACAUAGAAAAAGUCAAUGGAGUAAAAUGGAAACGAUAUCCCAUAUUGAAUAAAAUUCUUAAAGGACACAGAAAGGGUGAAUUAACAAUCUUAACAGGGCCUACUGGCAGUGGGAAAACUACCUUUAUGAGUGAAUACUCGUUGGACUUGGCUUUACAAGGAGUUUCUACUUUAUGGGGAUCUUUUGAAAUUCGCAACUGUCGUCUAGCAGCUACAUUACUACGUCAGUAUGUUGGUUAUUCGCUGGAGGAUAAACUUAACGAGUUUGAAUAUUGGACUAGUGAAUUUGAAAGAUAUCCCUUAUAUUUUAUGACUUUUCAUGGACAACAACCGCUUAAACUAGUUAUGGAGGCCAUCGAACAUGCUCAGUAUAUUCAUGACAUUAGCCAUGUUAUUAUAGAUAAUCUGCAAUUUAUGAUGGGCAUGUCAAUCGCACAGAAAAGUGAUAAAUUUUGGGAACAAGAUUCGAUUAUAUCUGCCUUCCGUUCCUUUGCCACGAAAAAUAAUGUUCAUGUGACAUUAGUUAUGCAUCCGCGUAAGGAACGUGCAGACGAAGACCUUACCACAAGUUCGGUGUUUGGAACAGCUAAAGCUACACAAGAAGCAGACAACGUGCUGAUUAUCCAAGAUAAGCGUCUAACAUCUCUUCGAGGGAAAAAAUAUUUGCAAAUUGUAAAAAAUCGAUAUAGUGGGGACUUGGGAAUUAUGCCUCUGGAAUUCGAAAAAGAAUCCCUGAGCUAUUCUACGUCAAAUAAAAAGAAGAAAACAAGUAAUUCUUAAUUAAGUUUUAGUUACAAAAAUUAUGUUAAGCACUAAAUGUACAUAUGUAUGUUGUAAAUAUUGAAGUUUGUAAUAUAUAAAGUUGUUCUAAGUGGAA